UAAAUAUGGUGCAUAUUCCUCAUUUGAUUGUUGGAGCUGGACCGUAAUACAUUAUAAACUUUUUAGAGUUGGUCUCAUUUUGGGUCAUUAUUUUAAGAGAUUUAAUAUCCCUUUUCAAAUAUUCGAAAAGCAAUCCUAUCUAUCUGCACAUCCUUCAGCUCAUUACUUAAAUAUGAGAACAAUGGAAGUAACAUAUAUCAACUUACCAUUAGAUUCUUGAUGAAUUAAAUAUCCAAUUACCAUUAGAAAAUAUCCAGCAUUUUUAGAAUUAUGUAUAUUUGCGUAGAAUUGGAGAAACCCCUCUUAAUAUUACAAGUUAAUUAAUAGAUUAUAAAUAAUAUUCUUAUGCAAGUUAUGCUCAUUUACCUUAAAGUCUCUUUGUUUAACAUGUUUAAGAGGGAAUAAGAGAUAAAAUUUAAUUAAACAAAGAAAUAAAGAAAAUCGAAUUUAAGGAUAAAAUUAUCAAAGUUAAUGAUGAUAUCACAUGUGAUUAUCUUUAUGGUUGUGAUGGAUUGAAUGGAUUUGUUAGAGAUUAUCUAAAAAUAAAAUUAAUAGGUAAUCGAGAUCUAUAAAGAUUUCUAAAUAUUCAUUUUACUUCUAAAUAACUAAUAAAUAGAUUGGAAUAAUACAAUUCAAUGUUAUCAUUCAUAUAUAAUAGUGAUAUAACAGCAGUUAUAAUAAAACAUAGGAUAGAAGAUGGCACAUUUGCAAUAUAGAUACCAUUAGAUUUAUUAACUGGUAAAACAGAUAUUUAAGAAAUUUAGCAUAUAAGAAAGGAUCAUGUAUUAAUAAAAAAUUUAAUAAACAAAACAUUAUUAAAUUAGAUAAAUGAUAUAGAGAUAAAAUCAGUAGGAUUUUGGAGAAUGGGUGCUGUAUAUGCUGAAUAAUAUUAUAAAAACAAUUGCAUUCUUGUUGGUGAUGCAUGUCAUGGAAUGCCUCCUGCUGGUGGAUUUGGAAUGAAUACAGGAAUAUAAGAUGCAUAAAAUUUAGCAUACAAAAUUAAAGAAUAGAAAGAUCUAUUACAUUAUUAAUAAGAAAGAUAAUAAAUUGCACAAGAUAAUAUAGGAACUGCUUUAAAAUUCUAUAAGAAGUCUCUUGAUAUUGCCAAAUCAUUUACAUUUGAUAUUGAUAAACUUAAAUUGUAUUAAAGUUUAAUGAAAUAUACACCUGAUUUUGUUUAUUAGGCUGGUGUUAAAUUAGGAGGAUCACUUAUUGAAUUAGAUCCCGUAUAUAAAAGAUUAUAAGUGAAUGAUUAUAUUCCUUUGGUAUUCCCUAAAGAGGAAAUAGGAUUUAAAUACAAUUAAGGUGAUAUAGGAGAAAAUGGCGGUUAAUUGGCGCCUUUAGUUGUAAGAGAGAUCUUAAGAAAGAUGGACAGAAAAUGGUAUAGCAUUAAUUGUGAUUCUAAUCAUUAAAGAAUUGAUAUUUAGAAUGUUAAUUAGAUGAUUGUGAGAAGUGAUAUGCAUAUUUAUUAAUAAUAAUAAUAAUAAUGAUUAUUCCUACAGAAAUUGAUCCAGAAACAUUACCUGAUCAUGAACCAGAUAGAUUUAAUAAUUUCUUUGAAAUUGUGUUGGAUGGAAGACCUGCAUUUUAAUUAUUAGAUGGAUCUGCCUUCUUUUUGGAUUCUAACAAUGGGUAUACAAAUCUCAUUCUAUCAUAAGUUGGAUUGAUGAAAAGAAUUGUUAUUAUGAUAGUGAAGGACAGCCUGCAGGAUGGUAUAAAACAUUUGAUGGUCGAACUUAUUUUUAUAAUAUUGAAGGAUUUUUUAUUCCUUAUGACAAAGAUCCAUCUACUUUACCAAAACACAAUGAAAAAAUUAAUAUUAAUAAAUUGGAUUCAGAUUAAAACUUUCUAGAUUCAAAUGGGUGUUAUUAUGAUAAAUAUGGAGAGCCUUUGGGAUGGAAAUUGAAAUGCGAAGAUGGUCAAGUAUUUAUAUCUUUUAGCUAAUAGUUAUACUUUUUUGAUUUAAAAGGAGAGUAUUUAGAUAUUAGUCCAGGAGAAGAUUAAAAUGAUCUAAAUGAAUUCGAUUUGGAUGAUUUUAAAUAAGAUUUUAAAUAGAAGACUUAAUUUGUUAAAUAAUCAUAAAAACCCCAUCCAAAAGCAGAACCUCUAGGAAUGAAAGUUUAAAAAUAAAAGUAAAAUCAACCCCAAUAAUAAGUAAAGACUUAACAAAUACCUAAACCAUAGUAAUAAUAAUAAUAAUAAUAAUAAUAAUAAUAACAAUAAUAAUAAUAAUAAUAACAAUAAUAAUAAUAAUAAUAAUAAUAAUAAUAAUAAUAAUAAUAAUAAUAUAGAUAAAAUAAUUAAAAAGCAGUUUAUCACUAUGAACUUCCAGAUUUGGAUGAAACAAAGAAAUUAUUUGUUGCUUUAGUGAAGUCAAAAUUAUAAAGCAAACCUGAAUUUCUUUUAAAUAAUUAGUUACUUACUGUGAAAUGUGAUGAACCAAACAAAGGUCUGGAAUAAGAUUUUAAAUUAGAGAAUGGAAAAUGUGUUACAUAUAAAAAAUGA